AGGGCGGACUGUCAGUCCGCGUUCGAGCGGCGAUAUGGGUGCACGGACGGGUGAUCGGGCCGUGUCGUCUUAUUUUUUUUCUCCGAUUCCGCGGCAAUUUCUCGCGAUAAAAACCGCGGGAUGAUCGAGAGGAAGUGUGUGCGUGCGUGCGUGAAAUGAUCCGAAGUUGCAUGCCGGUUAGCGCGACUGACAGGAUGCUUUCUGAUGCAAUAGAUGCGGCGGAAUGUGCCUAAGGACCUAAGUACAUCGAUCGAUAUUUAUUGUCAUUUCGGAAGUAAUGUCGAUUCUUACUUUCGUGUUAUAUGUGUUACGUUGACACAGACUGUUAUCGAUCGUGUGAAACUCAUUUUAUAUGUGAAAUUUGUAUUUAAUUUUGAAUGUGAAAGAAGAUUGAUUAGUUAAUAGAGUCGUAUACAUAAAUGCAGCGGCUAGAUCUAUCAUCGUAUUAUGAAUUUUCGGUAAAAGUGCAAGUAUGACAAGUAAUUAGUAUCUUUCAAUUUAAUAAUAUUUUUUACAUUCCGAAUUACAUUCUUCGGUACUUAUCGUUAACCCUUUAUUAUAAUAUUGGCAGUAUCGGAGUACGAUUAAUAUAUAGUGAUCGUUUAAGGGUUUCUUAAAGGACAGACAAGUGACACUUCAAGCCAUAGUUUUUCUACGACUUUGAUGAUGAAAAAUAAUGGAAUAUAAUGGAUAUACGUGUGAUAUUUUAUCUAAUAUUAUCAUAAAAGUGACUACGAGAAACUUGAGGCACGUGAAAGUGCGAGAAAUGGUGAACAAGCCUGAAAGAAGAAUUGCAACGACAAGACGAGGCAAGGCGAUGGUGAAGUCGUGGUGUCACAUCACUUCGUGGUGUGAAGUAACGUGCGUGCCUGAGCCUAAAGUCAUGGCCAAGAGUAUCGUCAAGAACGAUGGAGGAUGUCCCCUGCAUUGGGUUGACAAUUCUACCGGGCAAUCCAGACACCUUCUUCGAGUGGUUGUCUUUUAUUUAACCAUUUUGGCGAUAUUGUGGUGCAUCCCUGCCUGUCUCUAUCAUCGGAUCUCCGAGAGCGGUCAGGCGGUAGUGUUGACAUUGGUGGACACCGCGACGGCAGAGUUGCAGAAUCUGGCUGAACCGAAGAUCGACCGCGAAUUCCCCUCGAGAACAUCCAUCAAGAAUUCCUCGAUAUUGAACGACAAUCAAGUUAGGCAGUCCGAACACAUAAAAGAGAUCGUCGUGCCGACGACGCAGAUCCAUCCACCGCUGAUUGUCGACGAAACAACGACGACGACGGAGCGGCCGAACGACACGGAUGCUCUCGAAGACGGGGAAGUACUUUUGUUGAAAAAGAUAGCCGAGGAGGCGCCGGAGGUCGUGGUGAUCGUUAGAGCGGAGCAGAAAGUCAACACGGACGAGUUGGAGCUGAGAGUCGAAGAAGAGAUCGGCCAAGUUCAGGUAUCCGAAGAUCUGUCCUCGAAGGUCGAUGAUACAUUCACUACGGCACCGGAAUUGAACGAUACCGCGGCCAGAGCACAAUUGAUCGGUGGUAAUAGAGAUGAGACUGCAGCGGUGAUCUUAGACGGACUCGUUGCUUCAGGACCUUCCGAUCCGCAUGAGGAUAUUCCAUCCUUCAGUGAAUGGGCACAGAAGCGUUUGGAGGAAGCCGAAAAGAAAAAAACUCAUCCAAAUGCCUCCGUGCAGACUCCGGGUGCUCCAGGACGAGGUGUAAGUGGCAUGAAGAUUCGUUCCAAGAAUUACGCCUCGCCCGACUGCGGCGCCAAAAUCGUGGCAGCCAAUCCCGAAGCGAGUGGGGCCAAAAACGUUUUGGUGUCCACGCGGGAUGAAUACAUGCUAAACGCAUGUACAUCGCGCGUUUGGUUCGUCGUCGAGCUCUGCGAGGCGAUUCAGGCGAAAAAGAUCGAGCUGGCAAAUUUUGAGCUCUUCAGCUCGUCGCCGAAGGAUUUCUCCGUCUACGUGAGCGAUCGUUUUCCUACCAAAGAUUGGAGUCCAGUCGGUCAGUUCACCGCCAAGGAUGUGAAGGACAUUCAGAGCUUCGCUCUGCAUCCUCACUUCUUUGGUAAAUUCAUCAAGGUUGAGCUACAAUCACACUAUGGCUCGGAACAUUUCUGUCCCGUCUCGUUGUUUCGCGCUUAUGGUACCAGCGAGUUCGAAGUGUUGGAAACCGAGACGGAGAAUCAGAUUCAAGAGACGAGCAGGGAAGACGACGACGAUGAAGAUAGCGACGAGGAGGAAUUGUUAGACAGUGAAGGUGGUGAUCCACCGAGAAAUCUCUUCGGCAGCGCACGCGAUGCAGUAUUAAGUAUCGUAAAAAAGGCCGCAGAGGUUUUAGUGAAGUCCAGCGAUCUCACCGGAAACAACAUCACGGAAAUCCAGCAGAGUAUCGACGACGGUAAUAUUUUGGACCACUCGUACACGAGCUGCACGACGCCCAGAUACACGAUUCUCUGCGGCAAUUGCACCGAUCAAAAGUUUGCCAGUGUUUUUCAACUAGUUAGUUGCAGAGAUCGACAGUUAAACGAUUUACUUAAGAUCGAUUGGAUGAAUAGAACUUUGAGACGGGGGAGAUUAUGUGGUUUCCACAGUAUAGAAAUCGAGUCGUCUUGGCGAAAAAAAGAGGAAGAAAUGAAUUACCACACGACGCGUUUCAAUUUGGCGGAAGAUCUUAAAGCGAUUUUUUUAGCUUCCAUCUUUAAACCCGAAUAUAUUGUAGCGUUGUGUAAUGUUCUGGCAACAAGAGAGCGUAAGGUAGUGAUGAACACGAGUUAUGAGAUUCCUGCGAACAAUUCCGAGGAUGCUGACAAAGAAGCUAUUCUAUCCCCUAAGAUUACCGAUCAUAGUAGCGAGGCUAUUUCUCAUCAUCAAGUAUCUGUUACGUGUACUUUGGAUUCCAAUUCUGCUUGUAAAUCUGCCGCAUUAUCCGACAAAGAGUUCCGGCAGCGUCCGUUGGUUCAAGAUAGCGAGGAAACCGAGGACAUCAAUUCUGCGUUCAUAAAAACUUCGACUAGCAUGGAUAAUCUGGCGUCACAGAUCAAACCUACGAAGACACUUAGCAAGGAGGAUAUGAAAAAAGAAUCUUCCAUACCAAUUUUAGAACCUAGUAAGGAGCUCACAGAGGAAACGUUGCAGCCAGAAGUGUUGACGACUGUUCCGCCACCGGCUAAUCCGACGCCAACAUUGAAAAUCGUUGAAGAGCUUCCGGUUCUGGGAACUUCUGUCGAGAUAACAUCGAAAACUAUAAGCAGCAUUUCGUCGAUGAACUCCCCUGACAAUCAAGAAACUGCUAAUACUGUUGCGUCUGAUGCGGAAAGUGCUGAGACUAUUGCGAAAGCAGACAAAUCGGAAAAUGGCGAACAAGAUGUGAAACAGAAUGUGAAAAAUUUAGGCGAGCAAGAAGUUCGAUUAUCAUCUCAAGAUCACCUUGCGUUGGAUACAUUACUUUCUGAUUUGAAAGAUUUGGAGAGUGACACUGUUAACAUGCAGAAUGGAGCAUCUAGUUCUUCAAUGACUCAGCCUACAGCAAAUGCUGCACCUCAGAAGGAGUCUGUCUUUCUUCGACUGUCCAACAGAAUAAAGGCUUUGGAAAGGAAUAUGUCGCUCAGUGGGCAAUAUCUGGAAGAGUUGAGUCGUCGUUACAAGAAGCAAGUCGAAGAAAUGCAGCGUUUAUUGGAACGUGCAGUAGCCGCUAUGGGCGAGGAGUCUCGAAAGGGAGAAGAACGCGAAGCGAACAGAAUAGAAGAAAUUGCUUCUUUAAGAGAAGAAAUCGCUAUACUCUCGAAAUCAGUCGAAACUCUUCUUUAUGAUCGUGACAGCUGGCGCAGUCGAAUAUCCGCAAUUGUUCAACACGCUUUGCUAAUCUGUUUGGAAGUCAUUGUUAUCAUUGUGAUACUCUCUUACUGUCGUAAAGGAGAUUUUGAAGAGGAAGAGAAGCUUCAGUCGAAUACAAAGAAGGAGAACACGCGUCGAAAGAGUGCGGAUAAUUUUAGUUCUCAUUCUGCAGCCAAGAAGAUGAAGAAACGGCGACCUAGCGAGAUUGCUUCUCACAUCAGCGGCACGUAUCACGAGUUGAUGAUCGACGAUCGAUCCCAUGAGAUGACAAAGAAGGAGCGAAAAAAGAAACGUAAGAGGGAAAUAAUCGCUACCGGAACUAGAGUAGGAAUUAAGCUCGACGCGAAGCAAGAAGCAGUUCGUUACAAGAGCGUAUUAAAUGUGAUCCCUGACGGUGCGACAUCGCCAUCGAGAAGAAUAUCAUCCAUAGAGUCUCCACAUUCUAAGGAGUCGCGGAAUUUACUUGACAAGAGGCCAGAAUCUACGCCCGAGGCUGCUGUAAGUUGGUUCGACGAUCAAACAGAGAGAGAACGAAUCGCGCAAUCUGCAUCGUUGAAAGACAAAAUCUUCAAGAUAGAUCCAAAUUCCGAAUCUGUUCGUCAAGAUGACAGCGAAUCCAAUUCAUCGUCAGCGCACAGAUCUGUUGAUGGAUCAACCACGAUCGAACGGAAGAUCGGGCCAUCAAAGAACGGCUCGUUUAGAACUAGUAGUAUCCUUAAAAGUGCGAAAUUAAGCUCGCCGUCUUUCAUGAAAACUGCUUUGGGCGCGAGAAAUAAAAGGAAGUUCUCCUCAAACUCCAUCGAGAAAUGGGAAUCGAGUCAGGACUCGGAAUAUUCAAACGACAGGUCUUUCUCGUCUAUUUCCACGGAUUUAAAGACACUGUCACAAACCAUCGAUACCACCAACGGUGGAGCCGCGAAUGGCUUAAUUGGGGAGAGCGACGAAUCGAGGAGCAGUAACGUUACACCUACGUCGAGCAAAAAAGAGAAGAGAAGUACUGGUUUAAAAAAAAUGGUAAGAAAAUUUUUUGAUUGAAAUAGAUCCGCGCAUAGACUGAACUGAAACAUCGAUCUUCGAUCGAAUUGCCAUAUAAACUGCAGAUAGGCUUUACUCGUUAUUGCGUGAUAAAUUGAUUGAUUUAAUCAAUCAAUUUAUUAAAAUAAUCUAAAUAAUUGAAACUAAGAUGAAAGCACGAACUAAGAUUUAAGUCGAAAAGUCUCGCGAAUUUAAUUAAAUAUAAAAUAGAUACUUAUUCCGUGUAGAGGAUCGAAGAAUGAAUGGAACUAUGAACAUUUUUCAUAGUUACGAUUUAUGAAUAAGUUUUUGCCUGAACACGAUUUUUACUUUACACUUCCCGGUCUUGAUUGUGUAUGGAUUAGAAAGCGGUGUUCAUUAUUUGAAUUAAUAAUUAAUGUUGAAUUCUUUUCUUGCUCAAAACUGCAUACAAUUUGGAGAAUAUAGCAUAAUUUUAAAAGAGAGUCAGAUUUGAAAUAGCUUACAUUAAAUUUUCUAGUACUACAAAUUGUGGUAGAAAAUUAUUCACGUCUGUUUAAGUUACAAAAGUUUCCUCCAUCGUUUACAUCAUUUACUAUUGUAGCUGUUUUCUCUUUUUUUAUUCCUUUUUUGAUAUUUUAAGGACAAUAUACAGAUUAUUAUAAUCGAUAAACAAUUUAGUGUAAAGAAAAAUAAAAAAACGAACCGAGAUAACAGAAAAGGCAGUAUGUAACAAUAUAUGAAAAUGAAGACUGUAAAUGAAAACAAAUAUCACAUGUAUUGUCACAUCACUUGGGAAGCACAAUGUCGAAGGUAGAAAAGAAUAUAAAUAUAUAUUGGAAACUGCAAGACAAAUUAUUCUAAAUGUAUUCUUUCUUAUUGGAUAAUUAAUAUUGGAUAAUAAUAGCAACGAUGAAUUAUAUUGUACGAUUAAUGGAGGGAAAGAAAGAGAUAAAAUUAUAAAUGUUUUAUUAUUUUUUCAACAUUGUGUGUCUAAAGUUUUUUGGCACACAUGAAUACAUCGGUAUAUUUUUCGUUUAUGUGACAAUGUGCGGUUUCACGCAUCACAAUUAAUUAUGCUUUAUUUAUUAGCGAUAAUCGUAUCAUACAUAAUCAGUUUGACGUAUGCAUUAUUAAAUAGAAAAGAAAUAAAUAGGCAUACUUUCCACGAGGCAUACUUUUACUGCGUCAUUGUCGCGAGCGUGAAAUUACCCACCGUUGCGAAAGAUGAGUAUAAAAUGAUUUAUAAACAUAGAUUAUUUUAUGUAGAAUAUAUGUAUAAUAACGAUUGAGAUGAUUGCAAUCGAUACAAUGGUAUAAAGCUACAGCAAUAUACAUAGAAAAUAUUUCUACAUUCUUUGUUUUAAAUCACAUUCGAAUUAUUUAAUUUUUAUUUAUUCAGUCAUCAUCAGAGAAAAAGAGAGGAUGAAUAAAUGAAAUGGUGAACGCGUAAAAUCUUAAAAUAUUAGCAGUAAUUACAUUCAUCAUCACAUAAUCAAAGAGAAUUAAUUUUUGUUGCCGGUGAUGUAUAUAAAUAUGAAAAAUUGCAACAAAUGAUAGAAAAUAAGAUAAAUCUAGAAAAUCUCGAUUUUUUAUCAAUGUCGAUGAAUUAUAAAGGUAGUCACUGAAUUAAAAAGAAGAAAUAUUUAUAAUUAAAAUAAUGUAAUUUAAAUUAGUCAUUUUAAGUAAUCGAAGGAAUUGGUUGAUUCAAAAAUUUUAUGUAAUUAAUAAUUAAAUUUUGGCGUGUCAAAUGCACACAAAGAAUUAUCUCGAAAUUGUUUUUAUUUCGGGUUUUAAUUUGUAGAGUUUUGGCAUGUUACUUUAGAAAUACAAUAUAUUUCAAACAGUCGUUGUACAUAGUUAAUUUGUAUGUACAUAUUUUGGAUUGCAACAAAUUUUAAAUUUUGAUCUCUGUCUUUAUUGGCUCUUUGAGUUUUUUAUAUUUUUACGGUAUCUAGAUCAAUGUUU